GCUUUCAAUUUCGCGAACAUGUUUGUGCGCUCCACUUUUAAGUUGUGCCGGUCUUUCUCCGCAAAACAAGCGUCCAAGAAAGCUGAACUUCCAUACAUAAACAGGUGCAAUGAACUGCAAAAGCAUUUGCAAGUGCCGCUAUUUGAUAAAAACGAGGCGCCUUUCGAACCCAGCGUCGCUGAAAUGAGAGCGGCUGAGGGCCUCUUCGUUAGCCGGCCCAACCAUGAACUCUCUUUCAUAACGUCAGCUGUGCGGCCUGAGCAGUACCCCCAACACAACAUGCCAGAGGUGGCGAUUAUGGGAAUAAGCAACGUGGGCAAGUCGUCACUGCUUAAAGCCAUAUUUUCUCAGGCUCCUGAAGUUCGCGUCAAAGUGUCGAAAACUCCUGGACACACGAAAACGUUGAACUUUUUCGCGGUUGGCAGGAAGCUGUGCCUGGUCGACAUGCCCGGCUAUGGUUUUAGACAGCCAAAAGACUUUGCCAUCUUUUCAUCGCAGUUUCUUUCAGGUCGCAAAAACCUGAAGAGGACAUUUCUCGUAAUGGACGCUGAGCAAGGCUUUCAAGACUACGAUCAAGAUGCCAUCGAGAUGCUGGAAACACUGCAGUCACCAUAUGCUCUGGUCCUCACCAAGAUCGACAAGGCCAAAAAUUCCGUCAUACUCAAGAACCUUGCAUUUGUAACAGAGCUCAGGGACAAAUACAUGUCAACGCUUUGCUUCCCUCAGCCAUUCUUGGUCAGCUCAAUCACCCGUGAAGGGAUUGCUUUUCUGCAAGCAUUUAUAGCACAUAUCACUGGGCUUCUCGAUGUUGAAGAUGCACGAUAUGCACAGCCCCCAUUGCGCAAUAGGUGACCGUAUCUAGGUGUCGUACAACUGUAUAGACAAGCAUACAAACCCAUGUGUUUUUAUGUUGCAUUCAUGGAAUACCAUAGGUGUUCGAGAAAUGGUAGGUAGUGCUGAUGCAUAAGCUAAUGCUGAGAAAUAAGGUGCUCAUUUGCCUACACAUUGCAAUGUGUGAAAAUAUAAGGGCUGCCUUAGCAACAUACUUGACAAGAUAAAAACCCUCUUUAUUUGAACCGAGAGAGCAACUUGUGAACACUAUUGGAAGCAUACCCUAUCAAAGAACUGCUUGAUGAUAAAGUGUGAUAUGCAAAAAAAAUGCACUUGGUACUGCACUUUGCAAUUAGCCCUGUGCUAGCUACACAGUCUGCAUCAAAGUUUUCAGGUCGUGAGAUCUGAUAAAAAUAUGAAGACCAAGUGCAGCCUGGUAUCCAGGUUUCCAGCAUGAAAACGUAGACAACUAUAGCGUUGUAAGGGCUUACUGCCUACAACAACAAACAGCUCAUAAGUUCACCAUUUUGUAAGCUUUUGACAUCUGUACAGGCCUGCUGCAUUGCACUUUUAAGGGCUGUAAUCAGCAAAUAAAGCCAGUCAGCAAUUCUCUGGUUCAUCUUUUGUGUAUUCUGUUUGCACGAAGAUUUCAUUUCCUGGUAAAGAACGAGUGAGUGCUUCAAUAUGCAAGCAAGCCCAUGGUGAAAAGAACAAACCCAUGCAAUAUUCUAUGAACACAUUUGCUGUGCACGGCAAAACUCCAUCGAUGCAUCUUUAACUGUGGAAAAGGGUUUGAUACCAGAAAACAUAACAUCUGAUAACACUUGCAAAAGCACUGCAGAUGAGACAAGUAGCUGCUCUCACCCGAAACCUUAUAUGAAACUGAAUAGGAAGUCAAAUUAGUUAUAAUAUCAGAAUCCCUUCUAUUAAAGCUUGCUAACGCUUCAAGUCAGUGCGACAGUAUGAAACACUUCAUUGGAGCAUUCGGAGACAUGAAUCACAUUAAAUUGAGCUUGUAAUUUUUAGACGGCGCUUUGGUCAAAUUGUUGAAUGCAACAGCCUCUUUUCGAGAUCUCGGUCUUUUUCACUUUUCACACAGCCUUGCAUGUGGAAGUAAUUGCACAAGGCAUUAGAAGUAGCAAGACAGCUUCUGAUGGCAUCAAUGCAAUGCCUUCUUGUAGGAGGUAGCCAGAAAAAGUGGCUCCUUUGGCCGCCUCCUUCUUACUUUUGUGUUCAUGAACAUUGUUAGGUCUGGUGAUGAUCUGAACAUGGCAAUAAUUAUCAUCUCUGGAGCAGAUUCUGGGAAGUGACCAAAUUCAAUAAUUAUACAAGCUCAUUUACUUGCCUGCCAAGCAAUCACUAUGCUGAGCCCUGUAAUGAUAACGUAAGCUUCUUUUUUCUGUAUUUUCGAGUUGUACUUGGUACACAUGCAUGUGAAACAAACAAAGUGUAUGUUAUACUUUAUUCAAUCGUCAUAAAAAGAUAAGGACAUGUUACAACACAUAAACACUGCAUGACAGUCAUUUCACUUGAAAACUGUUGCAGCUUAUGCUGCUGCAUGCUCAUAAGUCUGUAAAGAAAGGAAGAUAAGUAGGUGUGGUGAUAGUUAUCUUGUUAUGUCAUACGGUCACAUUU